AUGGCUCACCAAAGACCACCGCCACACAUGAGCGGAGCAGGAGGAGGUCACCUUUAUGAGUUAGAUCUAAGUGGCCUCCGAGAUGAGGAAGAUGAUCAAGAUGUCGAACCACACUAUCAGCACCACCCGCCCCCGUCGCAUCACCAGCAUCCCCAACAUACACACCACCAUCACAUGCCCGAUCAGCCACCACCUUCAAAGAUCGCACGAACUGGUCCUGUCAUGGGACCUGGUGGAGGCUCACAAAUGGGAAUGGCCGGACCUUCAAAUGUUGCAGGUCCGUCGAAUAUGUCGCAAAUGCCUGCACCAGCACCAAGACCACGGGGGCCAAAACUCAAAUUUACCCCCGAGGAUGAUCAACUUCUAGUCGACCUAAAGGAAAACAAAGCGUUGACAUGGAAACAAAUUGCGGAAUUCUUUCCUGGGCGGUCCUCUGGGACCUUACAGGUCAGAUAUUGCACUAAGCUCAAAGCCAAGACAACACAGUGGACAGAUGAGACUGUGUUACGGCUCCGCAAUGCCAUGGUCGAGUACGAGCAGGACCGCUGGCGUUUAAUCGCAGCCAAGGUUGGCAACGGGUUUUCCCCAGCAGCUUGCAAGGAAAAGGCGAAAGAGUUGGACGAGCAAUAG